UUCAGGAAAAUGGCUGAGGCCAGUAUUUCAGUAGAUCAGGAUCAGUUCAUCUGUCCAGUGUGUCUGGAUCUCCUGAAGGAUCCGGUGACUCUCCCCUGUGGUCACAGUUUCUGUAAGGUGUGUAUUAAUGGCUGCUGGGAUCAGGAGGAUCAGAAGGGCGUCUACAGCUGUCCUCAGUGCAGAGACACUUUCACUCCAAGGCCUGUUCUACGCAGAAACAACAUGCUGGCUGAAGUGGUGGAGAAACUGAAGAAGAAGACUGAAGUCCAAGCUGCUUCUCCUGCUCACUGUUACGCUGGACCUGGAGAUGUGGAGUGUGAUUCCUGCACCGGGAGAAAACAAAAAGCCGUCAAGUCCUGUCUGACGUGUCUGGCUUCUUACUGUGAAACUCAUAUUACUCCUCACUAUGAGUCUGCUGCAUUUAAGACACAUAAAUUAACAGAAGCUUCAUUAAAACUACAAGAGAAGACCUGCUCUGAACAUGAUGAAGUGCUGAAGAUCUACUGCCGUACUGAUCAAACCUGUAUUUGCUCCUUGUGCAUGUUGGAUAAACAUAAAGGCCAUGACGCUGUAACAGUUUCAGCAGAAAGAGCUGAGAAACAGAGUGAGUUAAAGGAGAAGCAGAUGAAAUCCCAGCAGAGAAUCCAGGAGAAGCAGAAGAAGGUGCAGGAGCUGAAACAGGCUGUGAACACUAUAAAGCUGAGUGCACAGACAGCAGUGGAGGACAGUGAGAUGAUCUUUACUGAGCUGAUCAGCUCCAUGGAGAAAAAGCGCUCGGAGGUGACGGAGCUGAUCAGAGCUCAGGAGAAGACUGAACUGAGUCGAGCUGAACGACUCCUGGAGCAACUGGAGCAGGAGAUUGCUGAUCUUCAGAGGAGACUCACUGAGCUGGAGCAGCUUUCACACACACACGAUCACAUCCAGUUCCUCCAGGUAACAGCUUUAGCUUCUGGACGUCGGUCUCCUCCAUGGACCAGACCAGAAUUCCAGACCUCCAGCAUCAGUGUCCAUCAACAUCUCUCAUUUGAUGGAGUGAGGAAUUCUCUCUCAGAUCUGAAAAAGAGACUCGAGGAAUUCUGUGAGGAGGAAUUCAACAAAAUCCCUCCACAUGCUGCAGCAGUUCAGAUCUUUUCACUACCAGAGCCACAAAGCAGAGAAGAGUUUCUGAAAUGUGGAUCCUUUACCCAGCACUCCUUUCGCUGGAAGCAAUUCCUGAACCUGCAGAUAUACUGA